AGUUAACUCAUCUAAUUUUAAAGCCUUGAUGUCAGACAACAGUCCGAUCCAUCAAGGACCUCCUGCAGUCUACCAGCUGAAGCCAAAGAAAGAGAUGAUAGGAACUCUGACCAGAGUGACGGUUGGUGAAAAAGAUCAGAUGAAGCUGAAUAAAACCAUCUUACUGGUUGGUGAAACAGGGACAGGAAAGUCCACUCUGAUCAAUGCUCUGUUCAACUAUGCUGUGGGAGUGAAGUUUGAGGAUGAAGUCUGGUUUCAGAUUGUAGAAGAUGAGAAAAGAAGUGAGACAGAAAGUCAGACAUCAGAUGUGACUGUGUACGAGAUCUUUGGGUUUGAAGAUCAAACUCUGCCGUUCUCUCUGACCAUCAUCGACACACCUGGAUAUGGAGACACCAGAGGUAAAGAAAAAGAUAAGUUGGUCAGUCAAAGAUUGCGUCAAUUGUUUCAAUCAGAAGAUGGAGUUCAUGAACUUCAUGCAGUCGGUAUGGUGAUGAAAGCGACUGAUAACCGUCUGAGUGACCGUCUGAAGUAUAUCUAUGAUUCAGUGAUGUCUCUGUUUGGAAAAGGCCUGGAGAGAAACAUUGUCGCUCUGGUCACACACUCUGAUGGAGAAACACCUGAAAAUGUUCUUCAGGCUCUGAAAGCAGCAGAUAUUAAAUGUUCCAAAGAUGAGAAGAAUCAGCCUGUUCACUUUGUGUUUAAUAACAAACAAAACAAACAGAGAAACACGUCAAAGCGAGAUCAGCUCGCUUUGAAGUUGUCCUGGGACUUUACAAAUGAAGAAAUGGAUCGUUUGAAAGACUUCCUGAAAAAGAUAAAACCUCAGCCACUGAUGAAAACUGUGGAGGUUAUGAAUAAACGGGAUAAUCUAAUCGCCUGCAUCGAGAACCUGCAGGAAAGAAUCAAGAAGACUGAGCUGAAUAAGAAAGAACUUACAGAGUUUACAAAAAAGUAUGAGGAAAAUGAAGAAAAGAUGAAGAAUAACAAGGAUUUCACCUAUUAUGAAACUGUGUCCUACAAAGACAAACAAAAAGUCAAGAGUGGAUGGCAUGGGAUCUAUAACGAAGGAACCGUCAUCUGUAAUAACUGUGAGGAGAACUGUCAUGUUAGAUGCACAAACGCCUGGACUGUAGCAGAUUGUAAGGUCUUCCAAUGGUGUUCCUGCACAGUUUGUACCAACAAGUGCACUCUAUCUGCUCAUUCUAAAGUAGACUGGAAAUAUGUGACAAAGACCAAAAUGGUUCUGAAGACCAAGGAGGACAUGAAGGCAAGAUAUAAUAUGUAUAAAGAAAAGUGUGAGGAAAAAUCAGGUCCUUUGGAUGUCCUUAAAUCUGAAAUGACCAGACUGACAACAGAGCUGUCGAUGCUGCUGGAUGAGGCCUACGAUCUCAUUGUCAAACUGGAGCAGAUCGCCUUGAAAGCUGACUCAAUGAUCACUAUUGACGACCUGAGCCUCCUGAUUGAGAAGAUGAAUGAAAAGGGUGAUGAAGAAAAGGUCAAAGUCCUGGAGAGGCUGAAUAUCAGAAGAAAAUAAGAGAUGACGACAAUAGCAGAAAGUCAGGAAAAUGUUUAUGGAAUGUUAAAGUAAAAAGGUGUUUGAUUCAAAUCUGUUCAUCUGAGUGAAGCAUGAUAUUUGGUUCAUAACCAGUUAGCACUCUGAGUGCUAACUGGUUAUGAAAGUGAGAUGAUGAUACUGAGAAUACUUUUAAGCAAUAUAUUCUGUCAUUAUUGAUUUCUUGCUAAACUAAAAGACAGAAAGGGAAAGUUUUUCAAAACCUUUUUCUCUUUUUUCACGUUUUAACAUUUUUAUACCAAAGGCAGUUUCCUGCCUAAUUUGGCAAAACACUGUAAUCUAGGACUCAACACCUCCACCCAGUGACCAAAUUACGCUCCUGUAGUGUAUAUAAAGGCUCCAUCUGAAUGAUCUUAUCCACCUUAUUUUCGAACGCGGAAGUAACUACGGGUCCAACUUCCGUUUGUGUGUGCCGCACUUCCGUUUCAGCGCUUCCCUCGGCCAAAUAACAUUAGUUUGACUGAAAUGAUCAACUGUCGCGGCAACAGUGUCAAAACUUGCAGAGCAAUCGAAGUGGCAGGUUAGGGCCACAGCUUCAAACUAUUCAUGAGUGAGUGGAUGAUACAAAGAAGUGGCCUCAUAUAACGUACGAGGACAUUUUAACCUGUUUUGUGUCACUUGGUGCGGACGGCUCUGCUGUGCGACUUUACCGAAGCGAACCUCCGCAGUGAAAGAGUUGGAUCGGUGUUAAUAAAUAUCAACAUGGACAUGGCGCCUCGUAUCCACAGCUUUUGUACACGGUCGAUGAUUAAAACACUCCUGCUCCACGUAAACCUCUCUUUUACACGCGUUAUUAUAACAACCUCUAACCGCACAAACUAUCCCGGUCUUCCUCGAAGUCAUAAUGACGAGUAAUUUGAGACGAAGUAGCCGCAUAAGCCGCUUCUCAGCUAGCUAAACACUAACAGGAAGUGAGCGGGCGGAAGUCUCGCACACACAAACGUCAACUCGCUGCCUCCAUGUUUCCGUCAAAAAUAAGGUGGAUAGAGCAAGGACUCUAUAUAUAGUGCACAUUGAUAUGGGAUGGGGGAAGGUGGAAUCGAACCCACAAUCUUCCAAUUUAAAGACAACUACUCAAGCCAUUGUGUUAAAUAGUGCUAGAAGAGCCUCUCAUUGACAAUUUUAACCAAUUUUACAAAGGCAAAUUUAAAAUUUGUGCUAUGUAUAUGGCUUAAUCUGAUAGUUCAGUGCUUCCAACCAUGCCAGAUGCCAUUCAUAAAACAAGCUUGGACCCACUUGGACCAUGGCUCCUCCAGAACCUAGACUAUCCCAAAAACAGUCGGUUGGUAACAACAUGGUGAUAAAAGGUAAUAAAGGCUCAUUUAUAUAAAACUUUGACUUUUUUUAUAUUUACUUUCUUUUUAUUGGGAACCAACAAACUUAUAUUUAGCUUUGACUUAAUGUAACUUUAAGAUUUACU